AUGGCCACAACUACAGUGACUGGUCAUGGACGACGGGCAUCGAUCAGGCAAAACGAACUGCAAGUCCCAACCAAGACGUCGAUCUCACAACCCACGGGCAGUCCCAUCGAUCAGUUCCCUCCCUACGAAGAGACAUUUGACGCCGCCGCGGGUCGGCCUUCUACUCGCGAGAACACGCCAAUGGAUCCGCGAGAAUUUCUCAAACAUCGGCCGCGGAAGAGUAUCAGCGAGGCCAUCACAACAAUUCGGACACGCAACGGCAGCGUUAGUGCCAACGCCCAGGAACUUGCGGAGGCACUUCGAGCGCCAGUGUCUUAUCGCCUGAUUGGUCUCUGCCUUGUCUGGUACUUUACGUCCGCCCUGACCAAUACGUCCUCGAAAUCCAUUCUGAAUGCUCUUCCGAUGCCUAUCACAUUGACCAUCAUACAAUUCGCCUUCGUUUCAAUAUGGUGUCUGCUGCUGGUAUACUUGUCCACGGUAAUCCCUUGGCUGCGCCAAAGCGUGCCCAUCCUCAAUCAUGGCAUUCGAUACCCGUCUCGCGACGUGAUCUCUACUGCUUUGCCUCUGGCCGUCUUCCAACUUGCCGGGCAUAUCCUUAGCUCGAUGGCCACCUCCAAGAUUCCCGUGUCACUGGUUCACACGAUCAAGGGCCUCUCGCCUUUAUUCACCGUUCUCGCCUACCGAGUUUUGUUUCGCAUUCGAUACGCAAGGGCAACGUAUUUGUCGUUGAUUCCGCUUACCCUCGGAGUUAUGCUUGCGUGUUCUACUGGGGCGUCUACAAAUCUUUUUGGGAUUCUCUGCGCUUUCUUCGCUGCGAUCGUCUUUGUGUCCCAGAACAUAUUCUCCAAGAAGCUCUUCAAUGAGGCGGAGCGUUCUGAGACUGACGCGUCACGUCCAACCCGACGAAAAUUAGAUAAGCUCAACCUGCUUUGUUAUUGCUCCGGGCUUGCUUUUUUCCUUACCCUGCCAAUCUGGUUUGUCAGUGAAGGGUAUCCGUUAGUGGCUGACUUGAUCAAGGACGGCGUUAUUUCUCUAUCAGAAAAGCAGGAUUCUCUGGACCACGGUGCCUUGGUGGUUGAGUUCAUCUUCAACGGCGUUUCGCACUUUGCGCAGAAUAUCCUCGCUUUUGUGCUGCUGUCCAUGAUCUCUCCGGUGUCAUACUCGGUCGCCUCUUUGGUUAAGCGGGUGUUCGUUAUUGUGGUCGCGAUUGUGUGGUUUGGAAGCUCAACAACCCCCAUUCAGGCUUUCGGUAUCGGCCUUACUUUCUUGGGUCUUUAUCUAUAUGAUCGCAACAGCCACGACGACGUGGCUGAUAAACGAGCAAAUGCAGACCAUUUCCGCGCCCGACAGUCUAUCUUGCCAACAAAUGUGAAGCACUCCGGCAAGGCUUGGGAUUCAAAUGGUUACGCUUUCCCUGGUGGCAGGUCGUUUGAAGGGUCUACAUCCAACAGCCCUUACGUAUACAAUGGCCCAAAGAAGGAGGAUGACGAACCGGGACGUAUGAGACCUCGAGGCGCCAGUGUCUCUCGAAAUUGGUUGCCCGGAACCAAGCAAGAAUCAACGUGGCAACCCAGAGAUUCCCCAGCGGCUGCAUGA